AUGCCCGUCGGCUUGGAUGAUAUCCCUGCUGAAAGAGUAUGUCAAGACACCGAAUACAAACAUGGGGUAGUAAAUGAACGGAAUGGGCUUGGUCCAUCAACCAGCAAAGAACUCAUCGCCAGUGCAAAACCCAUCGAGCCUGUCUAUAACGGGGAUGAUCUAUUGGCCACCCAGGGACUCAUCCCAGCUGAAAAGUCCAUCGCCGCUGGACAACCUGCUACCACUGAACAAUCCCAUGUUGCUAAAACACCUGUCGAAUCAUUAGAUGGCCUCCUCAAGCCUCAAGGCCCAACCGGGUCAUCCUUGUAUUCAACUGAUGAGCUUGUUGAGCAUGGACUGGCGCAAGUACAUCCCUCAAAUCGUCACACUGAGAUUGCCAAUCGCAAUGGUCUUCUAGCUUGGCAAUCUGACUACCUCAAAGAGGCACUGUCCUGCUUGACUGUCUUUGGGAUAACUCACUUUGUUUUUUGGCAUGGAUUUCCCGAAUCAAGAGAAUACUUCCUCGACCCCUCUAAGAAGGUCUUCUUGAACGGCUCUCUGAAGUUUUGGACUUACUGCAUGAUCAGUUACUGUAUCAACUAUGUAUCUUGA